UUUUUUUAUUUUAGGUGUGAAUCAAAUCAAUUGAGGCUGUUUAGACGUGGAUUGCUUAAUUUUACUGAUUUUGGUACUUGGAAUCCUAUGGCAUUGCCACAAGGGUCUCAGGAAAAAGAUUGUCGUUCAUUACCAAAUUUCCCUUGUUUUGUUGCUGGUGAUGAACGUAAUAGUCAUCAACCCGGUUUAACAGCAAUGCAUACAAUAAUGUUAAGAGAACAUAAUCGAAUUGCUGAGAAGUUAGCAAAAUUAAAUUUACAUUGGGAUGAUGAAAAAAUUUUUCAAGAAACGAGAAGGAUUUUUAUUGCACAAGAACAGCAUGUAGUUUUUAAUGAAUUUUUACCUAAAGUUAUUGGUUUUGAUUUGUUACAUGAAUAUGACUUGGUACCUUUAAAAACGGGCUAUUACACUCGUUAUGAUGAAACUUGUGAUCCCUUUGCAAUUUCUCACCCAUUUGCUACAGCAGCUUUUCGUUUUGGUCAUACUUUGAUUCGUCGAAUGUUUCCACGUUUAGAUACAAAUUUCCACAAAAUGAGUGAACCUGUUGAUUUGGCAAAACAUUUUGGAUUUGUUGAGCCUCUUUAUAAUAAAACUAGUGGAGGACUCGAUUCAAUGCUUCUCGGUUUAUUUGGCACCCCAGCAAUGGCUUUUGAUAGACACAUUACAAAUGCAGUUAGAGAUAUGUUGUUUGCUAGGCGUGAUGAACCUACUUCUGGAAUGGAUUUGAUUGCUAUAAACAUGUUAAGGGCCCGAGAUCAUGGUGUUCAGCCAUACAACAAAUUUAGACCUCUUUGUGGACUUCCACUUGCUCAAUCCUUUGAAGAUUUACGUGAUGUAAUGGACGAAACAGCAAUUUCUGCUCUUCGUUCAGUUUAUGAACAUGUUGAUGAUAUUGAUUUAUUUCCUGGAUUAACAAGUGAAAGGCCUAGACAAGGAGCUUUGUUAGGCCAUACAAUGUCAUGCCUUUUAGCAGAACAAUUUAGACGUUUAAAAAAAUGUGAUAGAUUUUAUUAUGAAAAUGAUAAUUUUGCUGCUAAAUUUACGCCUGCCCAACUUUCACAAAUUCGUAAAAUUCAUCUUUCCAAAAUUUUGUGUCAAAAUUCACCAAUUAUACAAAAAAUACAGCCAAAUGUAUUUGAUAUACAAGAUGAUUUAAUUAAUGCGCCAGUUAAUUGUAAUGAUUUGGAAGAAAUUGAACUUGAAGCUUGGAAGGAAAAAUCAUAUUGUGAAAUUAAUGGUCUGAAAAUUGAACAAGGAGAAAAUAGGAGAACAACACCUUGUGUGACGUGUACCUGUACAGCUGAAGGGCCUGAAUGUCAACCUGUCCAAAUGGAUAGCUUUGAAUGUUCACAGCUUUUUAAUAAAUAUGAUAAAAAAUCAAUUCUAAAGGAUGCUACUUGUGCAAUUCAGUGUGCACAAGAGCUUUCAGUAUUAGAUUCAGCAGAAAGUAAAGAGGAUCUUUAA